AUGACCCGCUCGCGGGCGGCGUCGUGGGACAGGGUGCGCUCGAAGGCCAGGAGGGGCAGGUCGGGCCGGCUGGGCGCGGGGCCGGGCUUCGCGUAUGCGCUGCGCGUGCGGCCGGGCGAACUCCUCGAGCGCGCGCAGGAGCUGCUCGGCCAGGAAGGCCACCUCCUUUUGUAUGCGGUCGCGCAUUUGGUCGGUUCGGGGGUGCACCUCGCCCAUCUCCGCGAGGGCCAGAUGAAGAUGAAGAUGCAGGCCUCGACGAGGAGGUCAGCCGCCCUUCUCGUGGCGCUUUGUUUUUUGACGCUCGCUGUGGCGGCGUGGGCCAGCGGCUGUCCCAACAACUGCAGCGGACGCGGCGUGUGCAUCAACCGGAGCGUCUGCCAGUGCUACCCCAACUGGGCCGGCGUCGAUUGCUCCUACCAGGACGUGGCAAUCACUUCGGGGCAGUCCACGAGCGGCACGGUGGCGGUCAACGCGUGGGCGUUUGCCCACUUGCAGCUCUCGCAGCACUCCUACGUCUCGUGGAACGUGCUCCAGCAAGUGGGCGGCGACUGCGAUUUCUACAUCCAGAAGAAUGCCUACCCCACCCACAAAAGACUGACGUUGACGUCCCUCGUCAGCUGGUUGCAACGCGAGGUUUCGACCAAGCCCAACGCGACGAUUAUCACUCCUGAUGCCACCCCCGGCAAGUGGUACAUCGGCAUCUACGGCUUCGCCGCGUGCAGCUAUCAGCUCACCGCCCAUGUCUACGGCGAGUGCCCGCGUAACUGCUCGGGCAACGGCGUGUGCGUGAAUGGCGUGUGCUCGUGUGACUCUGGCUACACCGGAAAUGACUGCGCCCAGCUGAAGCCCAUUCCUCUCCCGAUCAACUCCGAAAGCGCGGUCGUUACCGUCCAGAGGGCCGCGUGGCGGUACUACGAGCUGCAGAACCUGCGUCCCAACACGCUGCUGCACCUCACCCUCACCCAGACCACGACCGGUGACGCCGACCUGUACCUCCAGGUGGGCCACUUCCCCAACAUCACCAGCUACGUGGCGAAGAACACCUCCAUCCUCCCGGUGUCCACCGUCAACUUUGCGUCAGUCCUCCUCCUAUUCCUCUACAUAGGUCUCACUUUCACUGAACACGACGGCAUGUCACAGUACAACCCGACCAACUCGGUGCCGCCCGUCUAUGUGGGCGUGUUCGGGUUCUCCACCACAUCGUUCAAGCUCGCCGCGCAGGCCAUCAGCGAGGGUAACGACUGCGCGACGACCACCAGGUGUUCGUUGCACGGCACCUGCUCGGGCCAGGUGUGCCGAUGCUACUCCGACUACCGCGGCUCCAACUGCGAAUACAAGCGUACGCCGUUGAACUUGGGCAGCUCGGUGUCGGGCCUGGUGGCCGACAACGUGUGGAACUAUUACGCCGUGGGCGGCAGCUCCGGCCAGCACGAGCUGCGCGUGCAGCUCACCGAUACCACCUCUAGCGGCGGAGACUGUGACCUGUACGUGAAAGGCGGAGCGUACCCGACCCGUGUCGACUUUGACUACCUCGAUGUGAGCGGCCCCAGCGGAGAGACCACGCUUGUCAUCCCAUCGGCGGCCCUCGAGGGACAGCCGUGGUACAUCGGAGUGUACGGCUACAGUUCGUGUAAUUACAGUCUGAUCGUGACCGAGGUAAACAAGAACAAUAGCCGCUGCGGCGAGCACGGAACGCCCAACAGCGACGGCACUUGCGUCUGCCGCGACUACUACGCCGCCUCGACGGAGCUGGGGCGCGGUGUGGCCGUGAACGGCAGCAUCGCCUUCAACGGGUGGGCCUACUUCCACCUCAAGACACCGGGCAACACCGGAACGCACUCCAUCCAGGCUCACUUGGCCACAUUCGAGUCCUACGUGGACGGCGAUCUAUGGCUCUACGCCAGUCUGGACGGCUGGCCGACGCUCCGCGACUACGACAAGUCGGACACCCGGAUGGGUCAGGCCAUCCACUCGAUCAGCUACAUCGCCACCACCCAGCCCUUCGUGUCGCAGGAGGUGUUCAUCGGCGUCUUCGCUGGCCCCUACUCGCUCCCCACCAACAAUUUCAUCAUCGCGGGACUGUAUUCGAAUGCUGUCGGGUUCCUGGGCGGCUUCUCGUGGUCCGUGCUGGUGGCCUACGUCUGCAAGAACUCCAAGCUCUACGCCAAGUCGGCCGCCGCGGCGUCCGGCGAUGGUGACCUCUCGAUCGAGGAGCGCCUGCUCGCCGAGUUCUUCGAGGUCUACAACCACUGGGACUGGCAGCAGCCCGUCGCCAUCACCCCCGGCUCCGCCCGAUACAAGCCCGGCCACAAGAGCGACAAGAUGCCCAUUGUCACGCCCACGCCGCCGUUCAACAACUCCGCACGCAAUGUGGCGCGAUCAACACUCACCGAAAUGCAGCAGGAGUUCUUUAGAGCGUUUGACAUCACGCAAGCCCCGCAGUGGAACUCCGAGGCCGGGCUGAACGAUCUGCUGCAGCCCACCAACUUCUUCAAGGACUACCACUACUACCUCAUGGUCGAGGUCCACUCGCUCAGCAGUGACGAGGUCACCAAGUGUCUGGGCUGGCUGGAGAGUCGGCUAAUCGCGCUCAUCUUCGACCUGGAGAAGAACCCGCAGACCUACGCUCGGCCCUUCCCCGGCACCUUCGUCAACCUGCACGAGGUCAUCGAAAAGGAGGAAAAGGACAAGGGAAAGGGAAAAGACUUACAGUAA